AUGUCUUCAAUCGAAAUUUCCAUCAGUCAGGCAAAAAAAUAUCUUGCCGAAAACGAUGCUAAGGAAGCCCUCAAGGUGCUUAAACCUUUCAAAAAAUCAUUGAAAACUAGCAACCCUCCAAACCUGGAACUGUAUCAGAUUUUUGCCGAGUCGUAUUUGGAAAAUGGACAAGUAGACAAGGCCUACCCACUGCUAGUAAAAUCAUGCGAAUUGGAUCCAGAAGGUAGGCUAGGGGGCAGUGACAAGUUUUUCACUCUAGGCCAAAUCGCAGGUGGUGAGGACGGGAUUAGCCUGCUAGUCAAAGGAAUAGAGAGCGUCUCCACCCAAGCCGGUGAUGAGUUGAAGCAAGAGCAAGCUGAGAAGAUUGUGGGGGGGCUGUUGUCUAUGAUCGAGAUUUGGAUGACGGACUUGUGCAUGGAGCCGAAUGCGGAGAGUCAGUGCGAGGAGCUCAUUGGCAAAGCCAUGGAAGUAUCUGACAACCAGUCACCUGAAGCCUGGGCCAUGUUAGGAUCCAUCAGAAUAUCACAGCAACGUUUUGGAGACGCAGCAGAGGCAUUUUCUCAGUCGUGGCACUUUUUCCAGGAGAAGAAAGAUAAGAUCGAAACAGGAGCUCAACAAGGUUUUGGUAAUCUACACAUCGAAUUUGUAAACUUGUUACAGCCUCUUUUAAACCUAGCCAAAAUGUGUGUUGAGCUGGGUUUGUACGACACUGCAUUAGAGAUCGAGGGUGCCAUAAAGGAUAUCGAUGAGGAUAAUCUGGAAGGAAUAUAUCUAGAGGGGUUCACUCAUUACUUAAUUUGCAAACUCGAGCAAUUCAAGUCAAAUAAUCCAGCCAUUAUAUUGAGCCCAGAGAACAUCUACGAGUUCAAUGGGCAUUUUCAAGAUAUGCCGCUGGACUUAGCCAACAUUGUCACACAGGACCGUGUCAAAGAAGCUCGCUUACUGCUAACGUACAUGGUAAAGCUCGCCGAGCAGGGCGAUUCCAAGGAUGAAAUUGUCUCGGAGCUUUUGCAGGGUGCAGAAGGACUUCUCUCAGAAUUGGGUGGCCCUGCCCAUAUGUCAGAAUUGAUAAAAUUCAGGAAAGGGGAUGAAGUUGCUGACGAUGAGGAGGUCGAAAUCGACAACGACGAUAUAUAA